GACUACACAGGCACCCUCGCCUCCCUCUCCGUAACCCACGUCUACUAUGACCCAAACGACUACAUCUCCCUCCUAUGCGCCUACCUAGCCCUCCUCCCCCAGGCCCUCUGCGUCGUCUACGCGACCCUCAUCUUCUCCACCCGCGAAGCCGAGAUAUGCCUCGCCUUCGCCGGCCAGCUCGCCUGCGAGGCCCUCAACUUCCUCCUCAAGCGCGUCAUCAAAGAGGAGCGCCCGCGCCGCAUCCACGGCAAAGGCUACGGCAUGCCCAGCUCCCACGCCCAGUUCGUCGCCUUCUGGAGCGUCUCCCUCGCGCUCUUUCUCCUCGUCCGGCACAAGCCCCAGCCGCAACAGCGACACGCAAAGUCCAACUCAUCGUCGUCGUCGUCGCCGUCAUUGUCGUUGUCGAGCAAUAUCAACAUCUGGGAGGGCGGGCGGCCGUGGAGUUUGGUUGAGAGGCUGGCUGUGAGCCUUGCUGCGGCGCUGGUUGCUGCGGCGACGGCAUGGAGCAGGAUAUACUUGAACUACCAUACGGCGACGCAGGUUGCGGCCGGCGUGGCGGCAGGUGUCGUCUUUGCGCUGGUGUGGUUCGUAGCGACGGAGUUUCUCAGGAGGACCGGGUGGUUGGCUUGGGGUCUUGAGCUGCCGCCUGCGAAGAUGCUGAGGAUACGCGAUCUAGUGGUGGAAGAGGACAUGUGUCAGGCAGGAUGGGAAAAGUGGGAAGAGAAGAAG